AUGAAGAGACCUUCAGCUCUGGUGGAUGUGUUUCUGGUACUUGCAUUGUUUAGUUGCAACUCAUGGACAACGCGGAGCAGCUCAGAAAGCUGCAAUCCAAAUUAUGUUGAGGACAUUCGACCUCAUAGUGUUAGUAUUACUGAAUUUGGAGCCGUUGGAGAUGGAAUCACUCUCAACACAAAAGCAUUUCAGAAUGCCAUUUUCUACCUAAAUUCUUUCGCAGACAAAGGCGGAGCGAAGCUUUUUGUCCCAGCUGGCCAAUGGUUAACCGGAAGUUUUGAUCUUAUCAGCCACCUAACUUUGUGGUUGGACAAGGAUGCAGUAAUUCUUGGAUCAACGAACUCCGAUGAUUGGCCCAUUGUGGAUUCCCUACCCUCAUAUGGUCGAGGAAGGGAGUUGCCUGGUGGAAGGCAUAAAAUCCUCAUUUAUGGUAACAAUUUGACUGAUGUUAUCAUUACAGGUAAUAAUGGAACUAUAGAUGGUCAAGGGAGUAUCUGGUGGAGCAGGUUUCGGAACAAAACAUUGGACUAUACACAUCCCCAUUUGGUUGAAUUGAUGAAUUCAUCUGGGAUUCUCAUUUCAAAUUUAACUUUCUUGAAUUCACCAUUUUGGAAUAUUCACCCUGUAUAUUGCAGCCAUGUUACAGUUCAAAAUGUCACAAUCCAUGCUCCCUCCAGUUCUCCGAAUACAGAUGGGAUAAAUCCAGAUUCUUCAGAUGAUAUAUGCAUUGAAGAUUGUUACAUAAGCACCGGGGACGAUCUGGUUGCCAUCAAAAGUGGUUGGGAUGAAUAUGGAAUUUCGUUUGGUCGUCCUAGUACAAACAUUGUCAUCCGUAGGCUCGUUGGGAAAACAACAAGCGCAGGAAUCGCUAUUGGAAGUGAGAUGUCUGGAGGUGUUUCAGAUGUUUUUGCAGAGGAUAUUUACAUUUUUGAUUCGCAUACAGGGAUUGGAAUAAAGACUGCUCGCGGAAGGGGUGGUUAUGUUCGAAAUGUCUAUAUCUCAAAAAUGACAUUGGAUAAUGUAGAUAUUGCUAUUAGGCUCAAUGGCUUAUACAAAGAACAUCCUGAUGAUGAUUACAACCCAGAUGCUUUGCCUGUAAUAGAAAAGAUUACUAUCAAGGAUGUGAUAGGAGAAAAUAUCAAACGCGCAGGCCUUAUACAAGGUAUAAAAGGUGACAAUUUUGUCAACAUUUGCCUAUCAAAUAUCACACUUAGUGUGAGCUCAAAAACUCCAUGGAACUGCUCGAACGUUGAAGGAUACUCGGAUUUGCUUUCGCCUGAAGCUUGUGAUCCUCUGGAAGAAAGUAUAUUCCCGGAGCAUGUUUCAGAUUGUUACAAUCCAGAAAAUCCAUUAAGGAGUUCAAGCACUAGAAAUCAAGGUGCUUCCUGGUUGCUGUCUUGGUAA